AUGGAGGUGUUUGAUACUCAACCCACCAAACCUGAGGCCGUGUCUCUGGAUGCUACAAACUACCAACCUACAACGAAAUCUCCAGAGAGAUACGCCAAUUGUGGAUGCCGACCCUCGGACGGUGUGGUCAGACGCUACAUCUGUGAGCAUCCCCUCCCCAUCAUCCUGGCAACGCUCGACAUCGAAUUUAGGGGUCGGGGUCGCCACCUCUAA